GCGGCGCUUUUAGUUGGCAAUGCGAUCGCGACUCGUCUGUAGUCUCCGGUCUCCAGCCUCCAGCCUCCGAAUUCCAGCCACCGAUCUCCGGUUCUCGGUUCUCCGGCUCUCCAUUCUCGGUUUAGAUUACGUCCCGUUCGGUUCGCCAAACUGCGUUGCGCGAAAAAUUGCGUUUAAUUAAAGAAUAAAGGCCAGCGAGCUCCUCAAUUACGGCUGCUCGUGGGAUGAGUCGCCAUAGCCAGCUGAAGCUAGCGAUGCCCUCGGUGCACGGUGCUCCUUCUUCAUCUCAUUCUCCUUCUGCUUCCACUCCUGGUUCCCCUUCGUCCUGCAAAUCGCGGAGUGUGAAGCUCGGCUUGGGUGUCAACCAGCGGAAUGGUCGGGUGCAAUGGUGUCCCGGUCUCACCUGCUGCAAACUGCUUCUGCUUCUUCCAGUGGUGAUGCUGCCGCUGACCCUGGUGCUCAUCCUGAUCAUGCGGCUGGACGGGAUGCUGGCGGCUUUGCAGAUGAACGAGGAGCGGAUGCGGGAUCGGCAGAACGCGGCGAAUGAAGCCUCUCCCUACGUGGAUGACUACGAGUCUUUGCUGCCGGAGGGCAGCACCUACAACGAGCUGAUCAACGAUGAGUUCCUCCUGCCGGCCAGCAAAAGGACGCGACUGGAACUCCUGGCUGCGGAGAGAGCGCGGCGCUGCCAACCUUAUCGCUAUGGGAAUGGUGAGGCCAUAGAGCUGGAGGAGCGCAACUCGCUAAUGAAGGACUCCCGCACCUCCUUUCUGCCACUGGGAAUCCCACGCGAAUGCCUGGGCAGCGGCAUCGAUUUGGACAUCAAGCCGCUGGACGCAGAUCUCGAGCAGCGCCAGCAGAAGCGCUACCAGGAGAUAGCGCCCUACUGGCUGGAGAGGAUCAGGACGCGGGAGCGCCGCGAGGCCGAGCGCCAGGAGGAGGAGGCCAGCUCGGAGAUCAGCGAGGCCACCGCCGCCCUGCAGAGUUUCUGGAACGAGGAGGGCACUCGCGAGGGCAUCCGCAUGGCCCAGGCAAAGACCAUGCGAAGGUACAUGGACAACAAGGUGGAUCCCUGCGUGGACUUCUACAAGUACGCCUGCGGCAACUGGGAGCGCCUGCAUCCGAUACCCAAGGACAAGGCCGGAUUCGAUACCUUCGAAAUGCUGCGCGAGAGUCUGGACUUGGUUCUUCGGAAUCUCCUGGAGAAGAACGCUCCGGUGCAAACGGCUGCGGAGCCGAGGAAGAGCCCAGUGAGGAACACCCUCUUCAAGCUGAACGAACAGGGCGAGGGGGAGGGGGAAGCGGACCAGGCGGCGGAGCGUCUCAAGCGGCACAUCGUCAGCAAGAGGCAGUUGCUCAAUCGGGUUUUGGUGCGCUACAAGCGCUUCUCCAACGGAACCAAGAGGAAACGCCUCAUUGAAUCGCCGCGUGAGAAAACAAAAGAGGAGGAAGCUGGUCCGCCCGCCGCUGUUCCGCCAAAGGAUCGGAUCAAGGAGAAGCAGGAGUCAGAGGACCAGCUCCAUGCUCCGAUGGACCUGUUGAAACCCCAACACGACGCCCAGCUUAAAGCCAAGAAUCUCUACCGCUCCUGUGUGAACAACCAGGUGCUGGCCAAACGGGGAUUGGAACCCCUGCACAAGCUCAUCCGCGAACUGGGCGGCUGGCCAGUUCUGGAGCCCCAGUGGAGCGACUCCCACUUCAAUUGGCAGGUGCUGGCCGCCACAUUAAGGCGCUACAACAACGACAUCCUCAUCGUCCAGUGGGUGGGAGCGGACAUCAAGAACUCCGAGGAGAACAUCGUGCAGUUCGACCAGACGGGUCUGGGCCUUCCCACCAGGGAGUACUUCCUCCAGCCGAGCAACGCCAAGUACUUGCAAGCCUACCAGCGCUACAUGUCCGAGGUGAUGCACAAGAUGGGCGCCUCCAAGUCGGACGCCCAGCGGGUGGCCAACGAGCUGGUGCUCUUCGAGACGCUGCUGGCCGGGAUUACGGCGCCAGCGGAGCAGCGACUCAACGUCACCAAGCUCUACAAACGCAUGACCCUCGACCAACUGCAAUCGGAGGUGCCGGAGAUCAAGUGGCGCGCCUACUUGCAGAGCCUGCAGGAUCGCGAGGUCCUUGGCUCCGAGGAGGUGGUCAUCUACGCGGUGGAGUACAUGAGCAAGUUGGUGACCCUCCUGGACGAAACCGAUUCCCGCACGGUGGCCAACUACAUGAUGUGGCGCUUCGUGCGGCAUCGCAUAAACAACGUGGAUGACAGAUUCGAUGACAUCAAGCAGCACUUCUACCACGCCCUUUUUGGCCGGGAGGAGAGUCCGCAGCGGUGGAAGGUGUGCAUCGCCCAGGUGAACACCAACAUGGGCAUGGCGGUGGGCUCGAUGUUCGUGAGCCGCUACUUCGACAACAACAGCAAGCGGGACACGCUGCGGAUGACCCACGAUCUGCAGCAGGCCUUCCGGGACAUCCUGAAAACCACCGACUGGCUGGACGACACCACCAAGCAACUGGCCGAGGAGAAGGUGAACGCCAUGUCCUUGAAGAUCGGCUACCCGGACUUCAUCCUCAAUCCGGGCGAGCUGAACAGCAAGUAUGCGGGCAUCGAAAUCCAUCCGGAAAAGUACUUUGAGAACACGCUGAACGUUCUGCUCCACACGGCCAAAACGGAGCAGGCCAAGUUGCACGAGCGGGUCAACAAGACCAACUGGCAGACGGCUCCGGCCAUUGUGAAUGCCUACUACAGCCGUAAUAAGAACCAGAUCAUGUUCCCCGCCGGAAUCCUGCAGCCUCCCUUCUACCAUCGGCACUUUCCCAAGUCGCUGAACUUCGGGGGCAUCGGCGUGGUCAUUGGACACGAACUGACCCACGGAUUCGAUGACAAGGGAAGGCUCUUCGAUCGGAACGGCAACAUCCACAAGUGGUGGACGGACUCCUCGAUCCGGGGAUUCGACGAGAGAGCCCGCUGCAUCAUCGCUCAGUACAGCAACUACACAGUGGAGGAGGUGGGAAUCGUUCUCAAUGGAGAGAGUACACAGGGAGAGAACAUCGCGGACAACGGAGGCCUGCGGCAGGCCUUCCACGCCUACCAGCGCUGGAUGAAGGAGCACCCCGGCGAGGUGCAGGACGAGGUCCUGCCGGGCCUGAAUAUGACGGGGCCGCAGCUGUUCUUCCUCAACUUCGGGCAGGUGUGGUGCGGAGCGAUGCGGCCGGAGGCCAUACGGAACAAGCUGAACACGGCCAUCCACAGUCCGGGUCGCUUCCGGGUGAUCGGAACGCUCUCGAAUUCCUACGACUUUGCGCGGGAGUUCAGCUGUCCGCUGGGAUCUCCCAUGAAUCCCGCAAAGAAGUGCAGCGUUUGGUAGCUGCUAAUCCAGAGCUAUAGCCUAAGAGUAUUACUAGUGACGCAUGCCACACAGUUCCAAGCCAAGGACCGAAGGCGACCCAGUUGGUGAGUGCUCGACAGAUGGCCACCCCAGCUGCACCUCCCUGUCGAGGCUCUAAUUGCUCCACUUUGGGCGCCACUUAGUGGAGAAAGUGGUGGUGUCUGGUGCAGCUUCCUUGUGGCUCGUUACCCGUUGCCAGUGCUGUUGUGCCAACAACGACAUCGCACUUCAAUUGGGGCGCACUCACUUAAUUAAUGGUGAUUUAUGCCCAGCAGUUGGCUCAGUUUCUUGCCCGGGGAGCAACUUCUCCAAUUGUCUUUCCAAUAAAACUGCAAUUGGUGCGUGCCACUUGGAAUUCUGCCGGGGUUGGAAGUUACACAGCAUACUACACUACAUAUAUAGCUUAUCUGCCCAUAAACAUUACAAUGUUCGAUUAAGAUUUACAUCUCUGUUUUAGGUUUCAAUUGACGAAACAGCCGGCGGGUCAUCCCCAAAGAAAUGGGAUUUAUCCACUCCCAUCAUUACAAAGAUUAUGUGCCAAAAAUUCACUUCAAAUCUAUAUAUUUUUGUUAGCCCUUAACUAUUUAUAUUUGUAACUUGCAAUAGUUUAGUUUACGAUGCAAUUUAUGUUUGUGAUAAUUCUAAUUAAAUGUAUAUGAUCAAA